CAAACUGAAAUGUGUGGAUAGAAUUGGUAUCACUGGCUGGCUGACAGAUUUCAAAACUGAAAAAAUGCGUAAACAAACAAAUUGCUAGUGCCGCUUACCUUUCGGUAAAAUGACUGCAAGGGUUGAUAAAAUUGUAAAGACUUACAAGUCUUUGGCCCAAAUCCCAGCCCUGCUUGGGGCCCAAAUUCAGUCGCCGAACAUCGUCAACGCCGUUUGGUCGCAAAGGAACCUUGAGACAGGCUCAAUCGCGAAAUUUAGCCGCACACUCUUCAUCAAUAAUCUGCAAACUGUUGAAAGCACCUUACCUGUCGAUGUCAGCAAGGAAAUCCUGUCUCGUUUGUCUGAGUCGCAAAAGUUAAGAGCUGUUCUAAGAGAGAGCGACUCGAAACAGUUUCUCGAAGUAUGGCAAAGUAACAAGUUGGUGCGAGUAGUGGAUUUGGCUGCCCUCGACGUUCAUGGCAAUGUAUAUGCUGAUGUCGAGUUUUCGUCAUUUGAAUUUUCACCCGAUGAAACUAAACUCUUAUAUGUGGCUGAGGCCAAGGUGCCAAAGAGCGAGCCUUUCUACAAGAGGAAAAAGCCCGAGGAACCGAAGGACGGAGGCGACGCUCCCAAACCUCCAACCAGGGGCGAAGAACACUUGUUUGAGCAAGACUGGGGAGAGCAAUUAGUGGGCAAAAAGAAGUCUGUCCUGGUCCAGUACGACAUUAGUAAUGAUUCUGUAGAAAUUCUGAAAGGAGUUCCCGAUAACGUUUGCGUGGCGCAGCCAAAGUACUCGCCAGACGGAUCGUAUAUUGUUGGAGUAGCAUAUUCCGUUGAGCCGCGAAAACUUGGGCUGAUUUACUGCACAAACAGACCGAGCACUAUUUUCCAAUUGGACUUUAACGGGGCCUACGUUGAGCUUCCUUUGCCAAAUAAAUCGGCCAAGUCGCCAAGAUUCACUCCCGAUGGGCAAAGGAUUGUGUGGCUGGAACGGGCAACUGAUGCCCACAUGGCCUGCAUGACUUUAGCUAAAACCAACGCGCCUUUAUCGAAAGACUCAGAGGCACAAGCAGUAGUGGGUUUAGUCAAGUCCAAAGUGGAGAUCGCCAACAAGCGAACAUUUUACGGCAUUUACAACACAGGGUUUCCCAAGCGCCCAUGGGCCAGUAACAAUCAGCUGCUCAUCAACACCAAUCAGAAAUACACUAUUAAUUCCUACAUCAUUAACAUUGAUUCAGGCGAUAUAACAGAAUUGGAAUUUGCUGACGGCAGUCAAAUCGUUCUGGAUGUAAAGGAUGACUUGGUUUUGGCGUUAAGACGCAACUUUCUGGUCCCCGAUUCAUUGGUUAUUGGAAAACUCGCCCAAAUAGUGUCAGGCAAUGGCGCGCAAUGGACUGAAUUAACGCCCAAGAUCGAAGUUCCCGAGCUGGCAGGCUCCACGUUCAGAUAUUUAGACUUGGUGGCUAGUGAAGGUGAAGUCGGCGACUUCAACGCCAUAUACUUGGGUCCAAGCGCGGGUGAUGAUCAGAAAGUGCCCUUAAUUGUUUGGCCUCAUGGUGGGCCGCAUUCGGCUUUUGCCAACUACUUCAUCUUGGAAGCAGCUCUGUUCCUCUCUUUGGGUUACGCAAUAGUUCUGGUCAAUUAUAGAGGCUCUAUUGGAUCUGGCAACGAUUCAGUUGAGUUUCUUUUGGGGAAAAUCGGCACCACUGAUGUGCGGGAUUGCAUCCAGUCUGUGGAGGUUGCCCUGAAGGAGUAUCCAUGGCUCAAUGAGAAUAAGCUGGCGUUGUGCGGUGGGUCUCAUGGAGGAUUUCUGGUGGCGCAUCUAAGCGGCCAAUAUCCAGACAAGUUUAAAUCGGUCGUAGCCAGGAACCCGGUGAUUGAUGUGGCCUCGAUGAGUAUUAUAUCGGACAUUCCUGAUUGGUGCUACGCGGAAGCUGGAAGUGUCUAUACUCAAAAGGGCCAGGUUGACAACGACACCCUAAUGAAAAUGAGGACGGUGUCCCCUAUUAUGCACGCGCAUAAAGUAAAGGCCCCUACUCUACUGCAAAUAGGCUCCAAGGAUUUGCGGGUGCCUCCACACCAGGCCCUCGACUACUACCAUAGACUUAAGGCUAACGGAAUUAAAGUCAAAAUGAAUCUGUACGAUGACAAUCACCCACUAGGGAGUGUUCCUAAUGAAAUGGAUAAUGUCAUCAACACAGCUCUAUGGAUUGAGGAACACUUUGAAAGUCAAUAAUCACUUCAUUGUCCAAACUCCGAUAUUUUUAUGCUUUGAGUGUCGAUGCGAAAAAUCCGGCAAUAUCUACUUGAUUUAUUUAUAAUAUAACUACAUCAAUUGCUCA